AUGAUUCUGAUCUUCCAAAGAGAGAAAUCUCCGUUCCCGUCGAACUUGUCGACAUCGAUCCGUGAGUUUGGUGGAUCCUUCCCAACCAUGAGCUCUGAUACCACUAUGUUACGAUUUGCCCUUGUAAACCUGCAAAUCUCAAUCACACACAAGCUCACGAAACACCUCUCUCUCUCUCACAAGAACCAGAAAACAGAGCAAGCACAGAAAACAGAGCAAGCAAAAGAGAUAAAGAACACAAAGAGUUUGUUCACCCAGUUCAACCUAGUCGAUGUGACUAAGCCUACGUCUGGAGCCGAUUCAAUCCGGCAAUCCACUAAUCAAAAGAAAGAGUACAGCUCAAUAACAGAGCAAGAGAAUCAAUGGAGGUUAAGGAACUCCAAUUGA